AUUGUUCAUUGAAUUAGAGGCAAAUUUGAUGUGUGCGCUCCUGUGCCGGCCGUAUGAUAUUUCAAAUACUUGUGUAGGUACAAUGAUUUUGAUGCGAACAUCUGCAAGCAUUGCUGACGCUUGUCUAUCCUAUGAACAAUUGGCACCCUGUUUUAAGGAUAGUCACAUAUGUUACUAGUCUGCGUGGAUGACUUACAUAUACUUUACAAGCUUGUAUUGAAUUUUUAUCCCCCAUACCUAACAAUAUUCAUUUGAUACAGUUUAAAGUUUUGGUAUAUUUGGUAAAUUAGAUUUUAUUUGAUAUACAUAAGGAUCCAACAUUUUCGACAAUGGAUAAAGAAAAGACGAACACCUUUAAAACAUCCACUCAAAUGGAUUCCUUAGAAAAAUUAGCAGUUUCUCUUCCGUCGGCGGCUUUCGGCUUAGUUCCAUGUAGUGAAAAUAAGGACUUCGAUACACGUCUCUUAAAUAAGUUUCAAUCGGGAAGGAAGGGGUUUGGUUUGGUUAAGUCGUCACGUACUCUCUCGGAACCCACUAUACCAACAUCUAAAUCAUUGAAAAGUAUGACAACAUCCAAUUUCGUUUCUCCUACGUUUGCAAGGUAUAUGCCUUACUUUUUGUCAUCUCUCAGCGGUGAUUCAAGCUCGUCGACAACAAUGUCUUCUAUCUCUGUGUCGAAUUUAAGUGAUGAAUCCAGUAGUGUGAGACUUCCAUUGUCUCCAAGUCAACUGUCCUUACCAGAACCUCCAGAUGGAGGUUGGGGUUGGGUUGUUGUAAUCGCCACGUUUUUUGUACACAUGAUAACCGACGGGGUAAUAGUAUCUUUUGGCGUUUUUAUUGAAUCUCUCGUUGAGGAAUUCCAAGAUUCAAUGAGUGCUACUUCGUGGAUCGGGUCAUUUUCGUAUGGUAUUCCUGCACUCGCCGCCCCUUUGUCUUCGUUUCUGCUUAAUCGCUUUGGAUGUCGAGUGACGUGCAUGGUUGGUGGGCUGAUAAGUGGUCUAGGAUGUUUUGCUGGCGCCUUCACUAAUUCUAUAAUAUCGCUGGUCUUUUCGUUUGGCAUUUUAUCUGGUCUGGGUGCAAGUUUGUGCAUCACAUCAGCUCUUGUUGUUGUUUCUAUGUAUUUUGAUAACAGACGAGCUACUGCCACUGGAUUGUCCAUAGCAGGCACAGGUGUCGGUGCGCUUGUAUUUGCUCCAAUGGUAGACAUGCUACUGAAUAUUUAUACGUGGCGAGGGGCUAUGAUGAUACUGUCUGGGUUUUUCCUAAAUAUGAUAGUAUGUGGUGCUCUGAUGCGUCCUGUUGAAACUGACGUCGAAAAACGACAUAGACAACGUCUUGCUUGGUUGGAACACCUAGCUCGCGAGUCGGGCUUACCACCUUUUGAAAGUGCAGACUACUUGGAUAAGGAUGUGCUUGGUCGUAUAAAGUUGCUACGUGACCAUAUGUUAGCUCCUCGCAGAGUUACAUUGAGCUAUUUACACUCAACAAAUGAAAUCAAUAACAAGUUGAUUUCAUCUACUAGUUGUUUCAAAGUUUUGGAAAACAAGACGAAUUUAUCUAAAGAUAUUCUCCAAAUCCCCCCAAUCCACUCCAAAUCACAACCACUAAAUAAGAAAGCGCUACAAACCCAGGAUCAGGAUGUAUGGAAAGACGGUGCAUCCACAUUUAAAUCUCGAAAUGUGUCAGGGAACAAGAAAGUGUGUAGCUUCAUGCUCCAAUGUCCGGAAGUUAGGUCCGAUGUAGUUUCGUUCUCACCUUUAUUUCCUAUUGAGGAUUUUGAUUGUAGUGUACAAGAUAAAAGCCAUGAGGCAAAUAAUAAAUGUGAAAUUUACAAUACUAACGGAAGUCUUAAAUCGUUCAAGAACUUUAUUCAUUAUAACCAUGAAGACACUGUUUGUCCUAAGAAGGAUGAAGCAUGCGUUUUAAAUCAUUUUCGUCAAGACAAUCAGACGUAUAUGCGCGGUGAUUGCUGUGAAACCAGUUCCCUCAAUUUUACACAUAAUACCUCGCAGAGUUAUAAUCAGAAAAACAUUCUUCGAGGUUCUUCAUCUAGUUUACUUGAGUAUUAUCGCUCUACACAUCAGAGUUCAGUGAGUCUGCCGGAUCUUCAUCAUCUCAGAAGGGUGUACAAAACCGACACUUCUAGUGAAUCUGGUGUGUCAUCUCAAUGUUCGCUGAGGUACAAUUGUAGUUGUUUGGCGAAUAAAAAGUCAGGAUUAAAGUCGGUGGAUGGAGAUGAAAAAUGUCAGGAUAGGGGAAUAUAUUGUUGUAACUUCUGUACAGAAAUGUGUGCCGACAAACAUGAUAUUCUUCACCGUCUUUUUGAUCUGCGACUGUUUAGAAGACCUACCUUCGUUUUGUUUAUGGUUUCAAAUUUCUUACUCUACUUCUGGUACAAUGUUACAUAUUUUUUUAUGGGUGUGCGUGCUAUCAAUUAUGGUCUUAGUGAAACACUUGCAGCCCUUUUGUUUUCUGUUCUUGGUGGUGCUAACAUGGUUGGUGAGGUUUUAGCUGGAUUUUUGGCUGAUCGUGAUGGCGUCGAUUCUCUGACUCUAUAUUUCUUCAUGAUUCUUGCAUGUGGUGUGUCAACGUGUUUGAUGCCGUUACUUACUACGUUUAUGUCCAUGGCAGUUUAUUCUAGCGUGUUUGGUAUGGGAUUGGCCGCUAAUGAUGCUCUGUGCACUGUUCUGUUGGUAGAAUUUGUUGGACUCCAUCGCCUUACCAAUGGUCUUGGAAUUUGUUUUUUUUGUCAGGGUGUCGCCAAUAUUUUGGGACCGCCUCUUAUUGUGGCUACAUGGAUUCAAUACCUCAAUGGACAACGCGUUGGCCCUUGAAGCGAAAUGUAUUGGGUUCGAGUCUGUGUGGGCGUCAACACUGGAAUUUAGUUACAUCCAGCUGAUGAGCCAAAGACAGGAUGAAACUUGCGUAUUGCAUUCCACUUCUAGUUAGGCACAAUUCAACUCUACUAAAAUGUUUGAUAGAAGUUUCGUGUAAGUUCAAUUAUUUUUUUUAUUCGACGUGAAAAUACUUUUUGUUUGUAAAUGCUAAAUAUUGUUGUAAACACUUUUGUACUAUUUUUCAGUAAGUUGGAUUCUGUGUGAUUAAUUUGUGAAGUUUAAUGUGUCUGAUUAUCACAUUUUAUUUUUAAAUGCAUCGUUGAAGUUAGUGGAUCGGAUUAAAUAAAUAAUAAUUUAAAAAGCGUGGAAUAACGUCAUUAAUAUAAACUCCUCUUUAAUCGUUUUCACGUAUCGUACUUAAUUGUGUACUGGUAGCAGGUGGUUAACGGUAAAUGUUUCAAAUGUCUUUAUAUCAUCCCCAAUUCACUCAACUCAAGGGUUCUUUUUUGUUUGGGAAAAUCCUCAUAUGAUAUGAUAAACACAGUAGAUAAAGGUAUCUUAAAUCUGUCAUAUGAUUAUUACUUAAGGGACUAUGUGAAAUACUGUCCUGAAUAUCUACAGUGUUGUUUAUUAUCAUUAGAAAUGUUUUACGUAAUGUAUUGUCACUUUAACUUCACAAACGGGUACAAGGAGUAGAAUAGGUUCAGAUAGUCUCGUUGGCUAACUGCUCAUUUAUCAAAGUACAAUAAUUUCUCAACUUUGAAUUUCAGGAUAUGGUUGGUGAUACAUUCACACUGACCAUCCUACAAACGUCCAAAAAUUAUUUUUCAGUUUAAGUUAACAAAAGCUUAAUUAAAAAUUUUCAUGACUUAUGCUUAGUAAAUACUAUAUAUGCAUUUUUACUAGUUUGUAAAGCUUUGAAUCAUCUUCCACCAGGUGGUACACAUCCUUUUUCGGAAUUGUGUUUUUACACUGAGCUAAUAAAAAAAUUGUCUAUUAAAACUUGCCGAUUUAUCGUGUUCUAUUAUUUUUCGCUGUUUAAUGGUUUUUGAUUGCUCAUUUGCGUGGUGUUCACUUCUUUAUAUAACACCUUUCUAACCAAUUCUUGUUUUUAGUUUGAAUUGACAAUUUUUCACUUGUUCCAAUAAUCUCUCUUUCUCUUCAUUAAUUACCUAAACCUGUAGGAUAAAUCUUAAUCUAGUUGUCGAGCCUGAAAUUAGUUAACUUUACAGAAAGCUAUUAUCACUCAGUGUGUUUGUUUUUUUCUCAAAGCUUGAACUAAUCAAAAUGAAAACGUUGCUUCCAAUUUCUAUUUUGCUUAUGAAUAUUUGUUAAAAGAUUUCGCAAAAUCAAAUAGUAUUGGGUUUUUAUUUCGGCAUUUUGUUUUUCAAACUCGUGAAAUUCUUCUAACUGAUUUUAUGACUAGUCGCUUAGUGAAGUACACAAAUUCUUAAUUAAGUUUGUUAUACUAUGGUAAAAAUAAGAACAUUAUUUUCAUGUGUGGUUAAGAACUUAUUCAAACUCAACCCUGUGGGUAGUCGAUUCUGAUAUACGAAUUCAUUAGAGAUGAAAGAUUUAGCCCAACUAUGCUUGUUUAGUUCUAUGCAAUCGAGUAAUAUUGAGGUUAUGAAUGAUAAUGCAAAAUGCUUGAAUAGUGACUUGUUUCCUUUCAUUUACUAUUUUUCUUUUCCUGUACUAUCAGGUUAUAUAAUUGAUCUAACUCAGUCACAUGAUCCAGCCUUCAUUAUUUCUGGUUUGGGUAUGGUUUUGGCAGCAUUUUCAGUUGUUCCUAUUAUUAUACAGCAUUUUCGAAGAAGGCGUGCUCGCCGAUUACGUCGUUUACAACAAAAUUGUUCUGAAAUUGUAUUAGAAGCUCAAACGUAACAACGAUAAUGCUACUAUUACUACUACUACUAAUAAUAAUAAUAAUGGUUUUUCUAUGAUUCAUCACAAUGACCACUACCUUAAAAGACGAUGUAAUAUUAUCUUGCUCAGAUUUUAUUAAUAGUCUUUUUUUCAACUAAUUCGUUAUAUUUUGUUUCCUCUCUUUUCUCCUUGGAUUGUAUCUUAGAUGUUUUGAAUGUUUAUUUCAGACUUGGUCCUGUCUUUUUCUUUGAGAUUACUUUUGAAAUCUACUGCUAUUAUUUUUUUUUUUCGAAAUAAACAUUGGUUUCACUUAUCAAUACAGUCCAUAAUGGCUGGUUUGAUUUUUAUUCGUUAAAAUUUAUACACAAAUUUGUUAAUUAACUAUCUGUUCAUCCAUUUUUGUUUGAAUCCGACAGUUUUAUGUGUUGUACACCAAUUCAAAAAAGUGCAUUAGUCAUAAAGAUUAUUCUUUAUUUUAUUCAACAAAAUAAUUGUAGCAUUUUACUCUGCUUAUAGAAGUUCAAAUUACAGUUACUUUCUUUUUAAACGAAAAUCAAAUACACAUACACAAAGAACUUUACAUUCCACUCAGAAAUAGAGUAUUGUUUACGAAUAUCACUACUCAACUGCAAGCUCUUUUCGCUCCAUUGUAAGUGUGCUUCGUAUUGGCAUUCUCUCUUCUGAAAACACCUAUCGUUUUGUUUCUGUUGUUAUUUAGAUGUUUACUUUCCUUAUAUUAAUCUCAGCCUGUUUGUAUACUUUACUUUGUAUCUUCUAUCUCUUCAUUAAACUUCUAUAAACACUAGACAUAAUGGUGUAACUUAUUAUUUUCAGUGAAUGUCAAUUCAGUGAGGGACAAAUGGUGCUUUCAUGACUCAAAUCUUUCUAUUGGUUACGGCUUAUUAUUAAUACAAUCGCAACCAAUACAGCUGCUUUGAUUAUUACUAUUAGCAAUUAUAAUAAUCGUUACAGCUGUUAAUAAUUCUUCUUAUUGGUAUAUUAAUAUUGUUGUCAUCCUUACUAUUAUUAUUUUUGUGGAACUUUACUAGUAUUUAGAUUCACAGAUAAUGUCACACUAUUUUCAUACUUUACGCAUUCAAACAUAGUUAUUUUGUAUGUGGAUGUGAAAAAGAGGAAUUUAUUAUUAUAGCCGGUUUUGUUUCCUAUAUUCUUUCUUCAUCUUCUGAGAGAGAUAUUCUUAUUCAAUGUACAUUUUCAAUUGUUUGUUCACCACAUACAUAAGUUUAUUUUUCUUCAUAGGUAGCAAAACAUUCGGUAAACACUGUAGACGAGUAAAUCUUUUCUUUUAUAUAUAUAUAUGCUAAUGUUAUAUGAUUUUAUCAUUACGCAUUCAAAUAAUAAGGAAAAGUUGUAUUUAACAGGGAAUGUAGAUGUUUGUUUGUUUUAUGUCAACCAAUACGAAAAUUAUUGUGGAUGAAAAAAUAGAAAUAAACAUUCUCUUAGUGUAUAUCAAUUUUUACAGUUGACUGUACUUUGGCAAAUACCCAAAUAUAAUUUUGAUGAAACGGAUUCUUAAUAAACUUUACUAAAUC